CAUGGCUUCUCCCCCUCAGCCAACUUUGAUCAGCGCAACGGAGCGAAGGCCCUCUCCACAGUACAACACCCUCGCAUCCUCCGGCCUCUCGCCACCAACCCCUCUGCUUGCCGCCCCAGGCCUGGCUCAGCUUGUCGACGAGUCUGAUAUCCUUGAUGACCACAUCUCACAACACCUGCCCACACAAAAAUCACAACGCAGACGCCGCGGCCAGAUCUCCGAGAGAGAAGUCGAGACCUACCAGCGCUGGAGGUUAGACAUUGGCCCCGUUAGCAGGCAUAUCUGACGAAUGACUGCCGCCGCCACACCACUGCGGGCAUGAGAGAGAGGAGCCAGGAGGAUUAAGGUUCCUCAGCCGGUCUAAGCUGGCUUGUACAAACACACCAAACCUUUUCAAAGCUGUACAACAACAUCACGACAACACACCACUUAUAGAAUAUAGAAUGGAGCCUGCCAUGUCACAAUCGGACGGCGGCACGGAGAAUGCUGGGCAUCAAUAUGACAAUAAAUACAAUGACAUAUCAUCUAAUCACAU